AUGAGGCUGUUGGUUGCAGUCGUCUUCGCGCUCUUGCUGGUCUUUGCAGCCGGCAGGGUCGUUCCUGCCCUUCCGCGACCAUACAGUGUCACCAACAUCACUACCCUUGUCAAGGUUUUCGGAACCCCGCUUGCUGCUGACAACACACUCAAGUAUAGCGCAAACCCAGUCCCUGCAUCACUUUCAUUUCUUGAUGAGCCGGUAGUCGCUGCUGAGCCAACACCUCAGCUCGAAUGGCAGAAGUAUGUCUGUCGAGGUGAGAAGCUCAGCCAGGCGUGUAAGCUGGACAAAGAAAAAGCCAUGCAGUUCGUGGAGCCGAUCGACAGUAUAUGGGACAGCACUAUGGAAGCAGAGCUCAAGCUCUGGGGUUACAAAGAGCUUCUCGCUGACUCGCACUGUUGCUUUGACUUCUUAUCUCAGCAUAAGAGACAGCUUGGUGGUAACAAGCACAUCCACCAAGCAAGCGUCUUUGCUUCAGAAUGGGAAGUUAGCCAGCCCUCAAUGAUCUUUCACGUCAAAGAUGCGCCGCCGCUCACGAAAGCGAAUCAGAAAGGUCUGGAUCUUCCAAAGCGGAGCAAAGGUCUCGCUGGCCGUGAUCUAGCGCCAGCAGCUAACAUUCUCCCCCUUUCCUCCUACAACGACGAGCCAGCACUCGGUGGUGAUUCACCCCCACCGCCUAAGCGCCCGAAAUUAGGUCCAGGCUCCCCUGAGGACCCUUCAUUGCCAGCUUCGCCUAGGGCUUCUCCAAAAGAUGGCUGGGCGACCUAUGUAUGCCGUGGUGAGAAGCUGACAAAGGCGUCUAAGCUGGAUGCAGACAAGGGAAAAGAGUUUGUGAGCCCUAUCGACAGCCCUUGGAGUGGAGCACUUAAAGCAGAGCGCAAGCUUUGGGGGUAUACUGACAUGCCAUACGCUGAUUGUGACUUCGAGGGCGAAUACUACAAUGUCAGAAGGGCGUACAAGGCUCUCAAGGUUCUGCCAGAGAGUGAGAACGAGAGCGAACACGAGGAUUCGAACGAUUGCUUCCGCAUAUUUCACUACGAUCCUGAAAAGACGGACGACCAAGGCCAUGAUAUCGAGCUUAAAGACCAAACAUACAAGGUCAACGAUAAAGUGUAUCGGGCAACUGGUGCGCACGGUACAUUUGGUAUCAACGUCAACGAAGGUAUCGUUUGGUUUAUUGAUCGAGCGUCCGCCCCACUCAAGGCUGCGAGUCUAUGGGGUGUCGAGAAUCCCCCAGUCGACCAACUCCCCGCAUUAAGGCAGAUGUCAGACCUUGCGUGGGGCUUUUGGCAUGAAGCUCACGGUGGCUCGAAUCUCGGCCACAUCACCAAGUUCAUCAUACCGCAGAUCAUCAACCAAGAUACGGUCGGCGCGAUUCAGCAAGCCCUCGCGACGCACACUGUUCCUGAGGGUCAACAACGACUCACAGCAGUACCGACAUGGCCAGGAGUGACAUUCGAUAUUGAGACAGACCAAGGGAAAGCUCUCUUAGGGUCUCCGAACGGCAUUGCUGUUGCGUACUUUCUUUCUCAGCAUAAGCCUCAGCUUGGGUCUAACAAAUAUGUUCACCAGGUCACUGUCUUUCAGCCGGACGAAAAUGACAUGGACAGCGAUGAACCUACGAUCGUUUACUACGUCAAAGAUGCGCCUUACCCUUCCCAAAAAGAUGAACAGACCUUGCAACGGUCAGACGAGAAGAGAACUCUUGCUCGCCGCGACGACCAGUCACUCUGGCAGAAACACGUCUGCAGGGGCGAGAGAUUGACUCAAGCAUCGAAGCGCAAUAAGGAUACUGCGAUACAAUUUGCGAACCCUAUCGACAGUGAAUGGGACGGCACCCUCGAAGCGGAGUUGAAAACCUGGGGUUAUACAGACUUCCGAGGAAAGUCGUUGUAUUGCGAGCUCGACAAUCUCGCUGACAGCUUGAACCAAAUCGGAAUUGAUACAAGAUUCAAGCACAAAUCCAAGGACGGUCAAAAUCAGUGCUUCAACAUAGCACACCGUAAUCCAGGAGAGUCAACACCUCUUAAGGAUCAGAGCUAUACUGUCGGCGACAAGAAGUAUCGGAUGACCGACGCAUACGCUCACAUUGGUGUCAAUGCUCGUGAUGGAGUCAUCUCCUUCCUCAAUGUCAAGUCUGCCGAACGUGGUGCCAUUCAAGCUUGGAAGGUAGAACGGCCGCUGGUUAAUGAUCUACCGAGACUGCGGCAAAUAUCUGAUAUCUCGUGGGCCUUCUGGAGAAGGGCGCACCCGGAUGGAGCCAACCUCGACAACAUCAACAAGUUUCUCGUUCACGACAUUGUCAAUGCCGAUACACUGAAACUUAUUGAACUAGCGUUGAAGACGUACAGAGUUCCUGACGGACAGCAACGCGAGAGGUAUCUACCAAAGUGGCCAGGGUUGGUAUUCGACAUGGAGACCGACGAGGGUAAGGCGAUGCUCGGAUCCCCGAACGGAGUUGCUGUAGGUUACUUCGUUGCGCAGCACAAGACUCAGCUUCGCGCAAACAAAUAUGCGUAUCAGGUCACUGUGUGGAAGGACCGAGAUGGUGACGAGCAAAUGAUGUUUUGGGUCAAAAAUUCACUUCCUCCGGCAGACGAUGGCGACGGAAGCAAGACGCCAGUACCGCAGACUGGCGAUGUGAAAACUCAUGGCAAGGUGGUAAAGCGCAGCGCCGACGGCAGAAGCAUUGUCAGGGAGCAUGUUGUGCUUGCGAAGUUGUAA